CGAAACAGUAGAUUUUAAGACAAAGAACCGAGAAAAGCAAACUGAUGGUUGCAGAUCUGGUUUCCGACAUUUUUCUGUUCUGUUCUGGUCAUGAUUUUCCAGCGUGAGGUGCGCGUUGCGGUUGUGUCAAGUGUUGUCGUUGUGCCAAAUCCAUUCCAGCGACCGCCGAUCGGAUCGCCAGUCGCAGAUACAACAAUGCGUUUGAGUGUGUGUGCGUAAGUGUAUGCGUGUUCCUGUACGUGAGACAUUCCGAAACUUAUUCAUAAAUAAACGAAACGAAACGAUCGGCGGAAGGUAAUAGAUGUACGCGUAUUAUGUGAAGAGCCGCCCCGCAAAAAUGUGUCAACAGGAACUACUAGUGGUGUGGAAUCAGCCCUAGCGUAUCAUAUUUUGAUCUUCCGACGAAAAUAUCCUCCAGAUACCAGACUUGUUUCUCACUCGGGCCAUUCCGUUGCGUUCCGCUUUGUUUUCAUUUUUUUUUUUUUAUUGUUGUAUCAUUUUUUUUUGUUUGUUUAAUACGAAAAGCGCAUAAAACGGAUUCGGAACUUUGAUUCGACGCCAACAAGCGAAAGACGCCUCUGCCAUGGAACAGGCGCGACCUGUGCCAGCUCCGCGGCGCCUCUGCUCCGAGCUGCGUCCCACCAACUAUGAGAACAUCGAGAUCAAGCCCAACAACAACAACAGCAAUGCCACCAUCAGUUUCAAGAGACUGAAUAUCAACGCGGAGAACCUGCACGGCCACUGUGCGGAGAAGAAGCUGCCGGCAAGUGGCCAGAACAAGCUGCAAGUGCUGCAGGAGAACAACGCCGAGCAGCCGCAACCCAUCUACGGGCCCGAUGCCAACGAGAAUGUCCCGACAGAACCAAUCUAUGCCGCGCCCCGACCAGCGCCAAGACAGCGACCCCCGCCGGAGGAGUCGCCGCCGGUCGAACUCGAUGCAGAUGUAGAUGUGGACGCGGUUCCUUUGAGAGCGGUGCGAGCAGCACCCCAGGUGCCGCCCAAGCCGCCCAACCUGGAGCAGCGCUCAUCGAUCUGCAGCGAGGCGUCCACUGCUGGGCAGCUGGGGGGGAGCGCGUCUUUCUACGGCUCGAAUGCCUCGCUGGACUGCAGCUCGCAGGGCUCGCAGAGCGGCAAGUUCAAGUCGCAGUCACCCGGGUACGUAGACGACGUUGAUGGCGUUGAUCAGCGGGGGCAGCCAUUGCCGGAUGAUUCCUCCGCCCCGGGAACACCUCCGUCACCGCCACCACCUUCGACAUCUUCAUCGACGUCGCUCGAUCAGUCCUCCAGCUGUGAUCAAGAUCAAGAUCACGAAGAUGACAAGAAUCUGCUGCGAUCCUUGGGCACCACCUCGAAGCUGCUGGGCGAGGCCAUUGGCGAACGGAUCACGUUCAGGGCCAAGGGGGCCAAGAAGCGUCUGGACAGGAACCUGAAGAGCUCCACGGAGGCGAUCAGCAAUCUCAGCGCGGACGCCGGCAGCCGUUUGAAGAAUGCCAGCAAGCGAUUUGGCUCUAACUUCACCCUGGGGCCCAGAGGGGGCCGGGAGGACAGAGCGGAGGUUGGCGAGGGAGGAGGGUCCGUUGGGCAGUUGGACCUGGAGCGACGGCAGACCAUGCCCAGCACGGAAGUCUUCAACACGAUACAGUUCUCCAGUCCCCUGAGCCGCAAUGUCGGAGGCGGAGGCUUCACCGACCUGCGGGAUCAGGCAAAGGUCAAGGAUGAAGGGUCGCCAGCUGGGGGGGAUGGAGCCGGCGAUGACGGCUGCUAUGAGGUGCCCAAGGUGCAGGGGAAGCCCCCCAGCUACGAUGAGGCACUGCGGGCACGUCCCUCCCCACCUCCUCCGCUGGCCAAGAAUCUCUCCCAGGAGCUGCCUCCAGCCGCCCAGCAGACCCAACAGACCCAACAGGUCCAGCUGCGGUCGCAGCGUGCCCCGACCCGCGUAGAUGACGCAUCAACAUCGUCUACGGCCACGUCCCUGCCGAUGCCCGCGUUCCCCCCGCCACGACUCUCCCAGCAGCCGGAGCAGUUCCGGCUGGACGCACUGCAGCCGCCCGUGCGGCAGAAACGCCGCAAGAACUACGAGCACAUCGAGCUGCGACGUCCCCCCGUGGACUCCGCCGAUCUGAAGGAGCUGAAUCGAGUAGCGGCGGCUGCGGAGCGGGAGGAGUCCCUGCUAGUGUCCGCCAAGAUUGCCGCCGAGGAGGCGCGGGCACCCAAGCCAGAGCGCAGCGAUUCCUGGCAAUUCUACGGCGAGGAUGGCCAUUCGCUGCAGGGUGACGAGGAGAAGCCGCAGGACGGGGGAGACUCCUCCCCGGAGCCGGUCUAUGCCAACCAGGAAGCCACCUACGGGAAGCUCUUCGAGAUGGCCACCGCGGGCAGCAGUCGCAGCUGCAACUUGCUGAUCCCCAACCAGCAACAGCAGAGCCAGCAGCAGGAGCUGUCCUGCAUCAGCGAGGAUGGGGAGCUGGACAGCAGCGACGGAGCCGUCGGUGGAUGGUCGGCGCCCCAGGAGCUGAUCGAGGAGUUCGAUCCAUUGAUGAGCAGCAAGUGCUCGACGCUCUCGCGCUCCAACAAGAGCAACGAGCUGCUGCUGCUCGAGCACCUGCUGGAGGAGGACACCUACGGCACUGUCAAGCGGGAGAGGGAGCGCGAGGGCGAGCAGGACGAUGUGAGCAUGUGCACCUCCGAGGAGGAGCCGCCGCCGCCGGCAAGUGGAUGUGGCACGGCAAGUCGACGCCAGCCCCAGAUCGUGCACCAGAAUGCCCAGUUGCUGAGCGACAGCAUGGAGAAUAUGCUCGACCAGGAGCAGGAGCAGCUGGAAGCACGUGCCAGGCCCUUUCUCAGCAGGAUACCCGAGGGGACCGGCAACAGAUCCACGGUGGACUUGGCCAGCGUCUCCAGGAAUCGCACCAAUUGGUUUGUGGCAGACGCCACCUUCUGCAGCAGCAGCAGCAGCAGUAACACAAAAGCGGCCCUGCCCAUCGAAGGGGACAGCCCACCCACCUACCUGGAAGCCAUUGGAGGAGGAGGAGGAACAGGCACACAGAACCCGCCAGUGAGCAGCGAGUCACGUUCGACGCUCAGCUCUCGUCUGCGUAAGACGAUUACCACCUUCUCGAGCGUCAAGCUGCGCAUGGAUGUGAUGAAGAGGCGCUCCAGCUUCAAGAGGCAGUCGGAGGUAAAGGUGGCCCUGCAAAUGGUGCCCAGGCCGAGUCUGUCGCCGCUUCUGGUGCGCUACGAGGGGCCCCUGGUGCGAUUCCCCACCGGCGUGGUCGAGGAUAUACUCAAGGAGAUGCAGAACCGCAAGGCCAUACUAAGGGACCGCCAGUUCCAGACGUUUCUCGACCAGGAGAUGAAGACGCCAAGAGAGUCGAUACCCCUGGACACCAUAACGACGCUGCAGUGCGUCAGCAACAGUCGUGUCACGGACACGGCCACACACUUCUACUGCUUCGAGAUCACGACAUCGCAGCCGAAAAACGGUGGCAGCAACGCCAGCUGCAACGGAGCAAGCGACUGCAUGUCCUCGAAUCCGAAUCUGGUAAUGACCAGCAGCUCGUCGGGUAACGUCAAGCAGCAGCGGCUCUCCCAUCUGUAUGGCGUGGGCAAGGAGUCCGAGCGGGGCGUCUGGAUGCAGAAGAUCCUCGAGAGUCUCACCAACAGCAUGCCCGUCAAGUACACCUGCCACUACUACCGUGCGGGCUGGUGUUACCUAAAGAACUCCAUUACAUCAGAGUGGAGUGGCACAUGGCUGGUGCUGCGCAAGAGCCAGCGUCGUCUCAUCUUUGUGAGCGAGGCCACUGGGAAUGUUGAGAAAAUGGACCUGCGCAAAGCGCGAUGCAUAGUGCUCAAGGAGAGCGAUGAGUCCAUUGACAACCUGCACGUGGGCAGCGGGCCAAUGCUGAUGAUUGACUGUCCGCCGUAUGCUGUCUACAUGAUCAUGAGCUCGGCACGAGAGACAAAGAUCUGGCGUCACAUCAUUCGGGAGGUGGCCCACAACAACGGCUUCUCGCUGGGGGAUCAGCAGCUGACGCGCUACGAUGUGCCAGUGAUUGUGGACAAGUGCAUCAACUUCGUGUACAUACACGGGUCCAUGUCGGAGGGGAUCUACCGCAAGUCCGGGUCGGAGAACUCCAUGCACAAGCUGAUGAGCGCCUUCCGGGCGGAUGCCUUCAAUGUGGAGAUCACCCGCAACGAGUACAACGAGCACGACGUGGCCAAUGUCCUCAAGCGGUUCAUGCGCGACCUGCCCGAGCGCCUGCUCGGCAAGCUAACCGACAGCUUCGUCUUCGUCACCGAGCUGGAUGUGGCCGCCGAGAAGAUUCCCAUCUAUCGCGAGCUACUCGCUCGCCUCUCGCCCAUCGAGCACGAGACCUUGCGCCGUAUCGUGGGCCACCUGGUGUUCAUUAGCUCGCAGCAGACGAAGAACAAAAUGAGCGUUCAAAAUCUGACCAUGAUCUGGGGCCCAACGCUGCUGGCCAAGAAGAGCGAUGAGCUGAUCUACUCUCAGAAAGAGGCCGAUGUUCUCAGCGAUCUCAUUCUUCUGUACAAGAACCUAUUCCCCGUCAGUGCCGAUGAAAUUAAACGGGAGCAGGCCAUGCUGGCAUGCCUGCAAAAGUAUUAUGCCGCCGCCGAGACGCUCAAAGAUGCGGUUAAGCAGUCGGGGGACAUUAAGAUCUGGAUCAGCCUCAAUCCGAAUCCGGACAACAUUACAGAGGAAAAGACGCAGGUGAACGCCACGAUUUCGCCCACCAAGACCGCCUACGAGCUGUGUCGUGAAUAUGCUGCCAAAAUGCAACUGCCAACCCAUCAGCUAACGCUCUACGAGGUGAUACUGAACGACAGCCUGGAGCGGCCCCUGCACCAUGACACAAAAGUGUUCGACGUGAUCCUUAACUGGUCGUACUGGCCGGAGGAGGAUCGCAAGCACAACUAUCUGAUGGUGCGCCCCAUUGAGAUGCUGCGCGAAAUUCAGCGGGCGGUCAAGAAUUUGGCCACGGUGACGCCCGGCAAGGAGCUGCGCUUCGCCGACAAUCGCACCAAGACAUUCAAGACUCUGCAGUGCGAGCUGCGGGACGGCAAGAUUGUUAUAUCGAAGAAGGACAAGAACGACAAGACCACGAUUAUCAGGGAGAUAUUUCUGCAGAGCUGUACGGCGUAUGUGGGCUGUGAGCGCAAACGAGACUUUCCCUGGAGCUGGGCCAUCACUUUUGUCGAGCGCACCCAGGCCCAAAUAAUGAGAUCGCGAGAUGCUCCCUACAUUGGCCAUGUACUGGCCGGCAGCGAGUGGGUGGAUCGUACCAUUUGGUAUUCGAGUAUCUGGUAUUGCCUCUACGGUGACAAUAUUCUGCCCCCAGCUGAGAUCAUUCUCAAGUAGAGGAACUCUCUCUUUCUCUCUCUCUCUGUCUGUCUGUCUGUCUGUCUGUCACUUGCAUUUCUUUAGUUAUUUUAUGUACAAACAUAGGUAAUAUGAAUUUAUAUCAAAUACGACGGAUUUACGAUCACUGAACUUUUCCCAUACAUAUAUACAUAAAUACAUACAUACAUAUGUCGAACAGCUUGGCAAACAUUAUACAUACAUUGAUUCCACAUUAUCUGUACAUAAUCAUAAUCAUAAUCACUCAAGACCCAAUUUGUACA